UCUACGUUUCCCAUGUGCGCAUGAUCAUCUCUUAUUCAUAACAACUCAUCUUCAAAUCAAACUUUCUCCUUCAAUCUUGUUAUUUUCUCAGAAAAGAAUUAAAAUUCUCAAAUUUCUCUCUUUUUCUGAUCAAUGGCGACAAUGAAGCUUACUACUCAGUUGAAAACCAGCCCAAUAACUCCGAUUUGGAGCCCCAAUUCGACUCGGUCAGCUAGGCCAUCCCGAGUUGGGUUCAGGGUAUCUGCAUCCUACUCACAGCAGGUGGGACCGGAUCUUACUGUGAAGGUAAAUGGGUUAACGAUGCCUAACCCAUUUGUGAUCGGGUCAGGUCCACCUGGGACUAACUAUACUGUGAUGAAAAGAGCUUUUGAUGAAGGAUGGGGUGCAGUUAUUGCUAAAACUGUUUCUUUGGAUGCUGCAAAAGUAAUAAAUGUAACUCCUCGUUACGCAAAGUUAAAAGCUGGAGUUAAUGGCUCUGCAAAACCGCAGAUAAUUGGCUGGGAAAACAUUGAGCUAAUUAGUGACCGACCUCUUGAAAUUAUGUUGAAAGAAUUCAAGCAGUUGAAAGAAGAAUAUCCUGAUAGAAUAUUGAUUGCUUCAAUCAUGGAAGAAUAUGACAAAGCUGCAUGGGAAGAGCUCAUUGAUCGAGUCGAGCAAACUGGAGUUGAUGCAAUUGAAAUUAACUUCUCAUGUCCUCAUGGUAUGCCUGAGCGUAAGAUGGGUGCUGCUGUAGGAAAGGACUGUGCAUUGUUAGAGGAGGUCUGCGGUUGGAUAAAUGCUAAGGCUACUGUUCCAGUGUGGGCAAAGAUGACCCCUAACGUUACUGAUAUUACAGAGCCAGCACGGGUGGCACUUCAAUCAGGAUGUGAAGGUGUUGCUGCUAUCAACACAAUCAUGAGUGUUAUGGGAAUCAAUCUCAAAACAUUACGUCCUGAACCAUGUGUUGAGGGAUACUCAACCCCUGGGGGAUAUUCUUCAAAAGCAGUCCAUCCUAUAGCUCUUGCUAAAGUAAUGAGCAUUGCAAAGAUGAUGAAGGCAGAGUUUAGUGAAGAAUUUUCUUUGUCUGGCAUCGGAGGUGUUGAGACUGGUGAUGAUGCUGCUGAAUUUAUUCUUCUAGGGGCCAAUACUGUUCAGGUCUGCACAGGAGUGAUGAUGCAUGGGUAUGGUCUUGUGAAGAAACUAUGCGCUGAGCUGAAAGAUUUCAUGAGAAUACAUAACUUCUCGUCAAUUGAAGAUUUUCGAGGGGCAUCUUUACCAUAUUUCACGACACACACAGAAUUGGUUCGAAUGCAGCAGGAAGCCAUCCGGCUGAAAAAAGCUACCAAAAAAGGUUUGACCUCUGACAAGGACUGGACUGGAGAUGGCUUUGUGCAGGAAACUGAAAGCAUGGUUUCCAAUUAACAUUUUACCUAAUCGAAAAUAAUUCGCUCGAGCAUGCGCGAUCCCGUUGCCGAAACUAGGUGAUGCUGCUCAUGAAAUGGCCCCAAAUUUGAUGUAAAGUCAUUCAAGUAAUGUAAGCAUCAACUGAGGAAGGAUAACAGUGGACAUUGUCAUGCACAGUUAUUUUCUUAAUGCCUUGAUUAAUCAAAUUAAGUAUAGCUGCUCUUUCUGCUGAAAAAUGUUAAAUAAAACAUGGUGUACACUUUUAACUUUGGAUCCUUACAUUACAUGCACUUUAUAACUUGUCUAUCAA